CCAGCGGCCGUGGCAUCCGGAGAGCCGUGUGUGUUCGCCUAGUGUGACUGCGACAGAAAUUUCGUUCGAAUCAAGCCGCGCGGCACCGUUUCCGAGACGAAGAAAAAUCGCAAGGGCGAGCCAUCGUCACAGCAUCGAACUGCCCGUCGCCUCCUUGUGCAGGACAUUUCGGAAAGCCUGAUAUUCCCGCAGUCCUGCAGGACCGAAGAGGUAAAAAUCACUUGACUAAAGAGAGACACACGCAGCCAAAAACUGAGCGACGGGCUCUGCGAUUCGACCGACGUUAUAUCGGAGGGAUAUUACAGAUCGACGAAAAGUGUUUACAGUGACGAUUGUGGUGCUUCGACUGUCGCGAGAUCCGAUCUGAGGAACUUAGGAUCUCCUUCGUCGCGCGGCCGCGGCCGACGGAAAGGACGAUCCCGUCAUCGAGCUGGUAACGCCUGGAGCAGGUAGGUGCGGGAUUCCAGGUGAGAAUAUAAAAACUGACCAAAGUCCAGACGACGCAGGAUCGUUGGCAACGGGGUCAGCAUGAGGUCAGGGUGCUGGCGCGGCGGUCGGCGAUGCUGAAGGAAGUGGGCUGCGGCGGUGGAAACCCCCUACCGGGGGAUGGUGCCGUCGGCAGCUGUCAGGUGGGCACCAGCGACCCGUCCAGCAACCCGGAAGGAGGGCUAAGCUGCGGAGGCUGCGGACGAGAAAUCGCCGAGCGCUGGUAUCUCAGGGCUGCUGACCGAGCCUGGCACUGCGGCUGUCUCAGGUGCUGCCAUUGCCGACUACCCCUGGCUGCCGAACUCACUUGCUUCGCCAGGGAUGGAAAUAUAUACUGCAAAGAGGAUUAUUACCGAAUUGCUUCACCCCAGCGAGCUCUCCUCGUCGAUGGAGUCGCUGACCGCCUACGACGCCUCGGUUGGAUCCCCGGGUUCCGUCCACCAGAGUCAGCGGACGAAACGCAUGCGGACAAGCUUCAAACACCAUCAGCUCAGAACGAUGAAGAGCUACUUUGCCAUCAACCAGAACCCGGACGCAAAGGACCUCAAACAACUGGCUCAGAAGACGGGCUUGUCGAAGCGCGUCCUCCAGGUUUGGUUCCAAAACGCCCGGGCAAAAUGGCGGCGAAACAUGAUGCGACAAGAGGGAAACGGCGGGGGCGGAGGUGGCGUAAGCUGCCCAGGAACACCCGCGUCUUCGAACCAGGGGGGGCCCCCCAGUGUCGGACCGAGCUCCGGUCUUAUGGGGGACAGCAACAGCCUGCCCCCAGCUUCCAUGGAGGAACUCCACGCGCUGCACCAUCUCCACUCCGGCGUUUCGUCCCAGGUAUCAUUCUCCGAUAUCUACUGACGCCGGUUUCAAACGGAGGAGGACUGCAAUUUUGGCUCCCUCCCCAACCAGCUCGGCUAGUAAAUCGAUUAUGCGAAAGGAGCUGGUGGCCGUGGAUCUCGGAGGAGGAGCAGCGGAAACGAGGCUGCGAUGCGGGAGGAAAAAUUUAUGGAAAAAAUUUAAGGAAACUGAUGGUUUGCCGGAUUGAACCGCGAGUCUUUCAGAUAACAUACAUAAUCGCAAUUCGCGAUCGCUCUGCGUCCCGUUAAAGGAAUCGGUUUCUAUCGUAUCGAGAAAGUGUUUCGCUCGAGCCGCACGGAAUCGCUUAACGUGAUGCAGGGAGGCUGUAAGAGGAGGGGAGAUUAUCUCAGGAGAUUUUACCGGAUAAAACAUUAUACGUAUGUUGCGGUCGCACUUGCGUAGGCACCCACUUACGACGCCGCAUGCGCUUUCGAUAGAUAGAUAGAUAGGUUCGCCUAAACUACAUUGUCAUCGAUUUCUCGCGGAACGAAGUCGCGGUUAAAGAUCUCGCUAUCUGUAACUAGUCAUUUAUUGUAUAGAGAAACAGCUCAGC